CUCGCCGUGGUCUGGAGAGCCCUUCUUUCAUGUAAAAUAACAACCGUAGUUUAAUUUAAAGGAUGGGCGGGAGAGGCACAGGGGACGAUUUCUUUUCUCCUCCACCAGUGUACUCCGGCUUCUGAUAGCUUACUGUCAAGGCUGGCUCUAACGGGAAUGACUCAUGAAGACCAGUCUCAUCAUUACAGCAGAGAAGUAAAGCAGAGAGAGAGAGAGAGAGAGAGAGGAGAGAGAGAGAGAGAGAGAGAGAGAGAGGUUAGGUUGGAGCAGGUGAUCGCGCCACAACAAACCUCCAAGGGGCUGAUCGUCAAGAUCAGUGUGCACAGGAUUCUUGUCCCGAUCAUGGUGCCAGCAAGUUGCCCUGGACCUUGUGUCAUGCUGGCGUUGUCCCUUCUCCUGGGAUGUUCCGUUACUUUUUCCCUUGGCCAGAAUGACACGGAACCCAUCGUUUUGGAAGGAAAGUGUUUGGUGGUUUGUGACUCCAGCCCCUCCUCAGACGGAGGGGUCACCUCUUCGCUUGGGAUAUCUGUCCGAUCUGGUAGCGCAAAGGUGGCUUUCUCCGCAGUAAGAGGAACAAAUCAUGAGCCGUCUGAAAUGAGCAAUACAUCCAUGACGAUCUACUUCGACCAGGUAUUAGUAAACAUUGGCAACCAUUUCGACUUAAAAGCGAGUGUUUUUCAAGCGCCAAGGAGAGGAAUAUACAGUUUCAGCUUUCAUGUGGUUAAAGUCUACAACAGGCAGACUAUACAGGUCAACCUGAUGCAAAAUGAAUACCCAGUCAUAUCAGCGUUUGCCGGAGAUCAGGACGUUACUCGAGAGGCUGCGAGCAAUGGAGUUCUGCUGCAUGUGGAGCGCGAGGACAGAGUCUAUCUGAAGCUAGAAAGGGGCAAUCUCAUGGGCGGAUGGAAGUACUCUACAUUUUCUGGCUUUUUAGUUUUUCCUCUAUAAUUUAUUUGCAAGUAUUUGUUGCAAAUGACUCUUCCGUGGUUGAAGAAAACGAAAACAUGGCGUUGGUUUGAACCAAACUGUCACAGAAUCUAAUAGACUUGACGACAUCAAAGUAUUUUACGUCAACUAAGGACGUUUCCUUGGAACUCGCACUUCAAUUGAUUGAUUAUCAUAAUAGGAUAAACAAAUUAAACAGCCUGUGCAGUCUACAAAGUGAAGUUCGAUAUUCCGUUUUGGAUUUUAUUCUUGAAAAACAUUGGCUUUUUAUCAACAGACUACUCGGUGUAUUUGGACUAUUGAAUGAAUAAGAUGUCCACAAGAUACCGAACAUAAAGCUCUGAACUACGUCUUUAACACUGCUUUAUUUUGUGUUUGUAUAGCAAGAAAAAUGGCUUUAGUCAAGUAAAGUGUGUGGAAUUCUGGACGUUCCUGUGUCGAGAAGUGCUUUAUCGCCAGAAGCAUUUUUUCCCCGAACGGACGAUCUUUUGUUUCGUGCUGUUCCUGGUGUUUAUUUUGGAUGCUGAACAUACUUAAAAAGAUGCCACUUAUAAGCCACCUACUAUUUUGAAAGAUUGUUAAAGAAGAGAGUCAUAUUCAAGCUAUUGGAUAAGCAUCCAUUGAAGAACUAUUUUACUAAACGUUUAGUAUAAUUUAUGAAAUACAUACUGUAUUCACUUUAUCGUCUGUCCUACAGUACAUUCCGGAUGCGUAGCUUUGACCGACUUUGUUCAGUGACCUUGCUCACAAUUGUAUGUUGUGAAAGAACUACAUAAAAAAUCCCCAUAUAAUAUCCCGCAGAAAUAAUAAAAUAUUGUAUUGUUAUGCCUA